AUGUUAUCAAGAGGAGUUAAUUCAAGUUUAAAAAGAACCGUUCAGAGAGCACUCAAGUCAAAUGUUGCCACCACAACAACAACAACCAGUUUGAAAAUUUCAGCUGUUCAAGCAACUAGAUCGCUUCACAAUCAAUCAAUUACCCAAACCAACAACAACAAAAACUCCAUCAACAAGUUUGCUUCCUUAUCUUUAGGUUCAGUCAGAUAUGCAUCCUCUAAAGUUAAAGUCCCAGACAUGGCCGAAUCCAUUACUGAAGGUACAUUGGCUGCUUUCAAUAAAGAAGUUGGUGAUUUUGUAAAUGUUGACGAAACUAUUGCUACUAUUGAAACUGACAAGAUUGAUGUUGAGGUUAAUGCACCAGUUAGUGGUACCAUCACCAAGUUUUUAGUUGAUGUUGAAGCUACUGUUGAAGUUGGACAAGAAAUUGCUGAAAUUGAAGAAGGUGAUGCUCCUGAAGGUGGCGCUGCCAAAAAGGAAGAAGAGCCAAAGAAGGAAGAGGAACCAAAGAAAGAUGAAGAGUCCAAAGAGGAACCAAAGAAGGAAGAAUCAAAGCCUGAACCAAAAAAGGAGGAAUCAAAACCAGCCCCACCAAAAAAGGAGUCCUCACCAAAGAAACAAGAAAGCUCUUCUAGCUCUUCUUCCUCAUCUUCCGAUGCCCCAACUUUUACCAACUUUUCCAGAAAUGAAGAAAGAGUCAAGAUGAAUAGAAUGAGAUUAAGAAUUGCUGAACGUCUUAAGGAAUCACAAAACACUGCUGCUUCAUUAACCACAUUCAAUGAAGUUGACAUGUCCAAUUUAAUGGAAAUGAGAAAAUUGUACAAGGAUGAAUUUUUAGAAAAAACUGGUGUUAAAUUAGGUUUUAUGGGUGCCUUUUCAAAAGCUGCUUGUUUAGCUGCCAAAGAUAUUCCAGCUGUUAAUGCAGCCAUUGAAAAUAAUGACACUUUGGUGUUUAGAGACUAUACUGAUAUUUCAAUUGCCGUCGCAACACCAAAGGGUUUAGUUACUCCAAUUGUUCGUAAUGCCGAAUCAAGAUCAAUUUUGGGCAUUGAAAAGGAAAUUGCUGCCUUGGGUAAAAAAGCCAGAGAUGGUAAAUUGGCCUUGGAAGAUAUGGUUGGUGGUACAUUUACCAUUUCCAAUGGAGGUGUAUUUGGAUCACUUUAUGGUACCCCAAUCAUCAAUAUGCCUCAAACCGCAGUGUUGGGAUUGCAUGGUGUAAAGCAAAGACCAGUUACUGUCAAUGGUCAAAUCGUGUCUAGACCAAUGAUGUAUUUGGCUUUGACCUAUGAUCAUAGAGUUUUGGAUGGUAGAGAAGCAGUUACGUUUUUAAAGACAAUUAAAGAAUUGAUUGAAGAUCCAAGAAAGAUGUUGCUUUUAGAAUAA